AUGUCAACGCUCUCUCAGACGCGUAGCCAUAGCGGCCACAAGCAUAGCCAUGCACACCAUCACCAUCAUGAUAAUGUCUAUCUUACCUCCCAGAAUAAAAACGACGCCGGCGUUCGCAUUACCCGAAUUGGCCUAUAUUCAAAUCUUGGCAUGGCAAUUGCAAAAGGAGCUGGAGGUUACUUGUUUAGUUCCAAAGCUAUGAUGGCCGACGCAAUUCAUAGUUUAACAGAUCUCGCAUCCGAUAUUUUGACUUUGGCCACUAUAUCUUGGAGUUUGAGGCCCCCGACCGAUAAAUUCCCUACUAGGUUUGGAAAAGUUGAAAGUUUAGGAUCCUUGGGUGUGUCGAGCAUGCUUCUUAUAGGAGGUCUUUAUAUGGGCUACGGUAGUCUCUUGACGCUCUAUGGACACUUUUUCCUCGACCCAACCGCUGCAGCGGAGUUACUAGCACAUGCCCAUACACACAGUCACGGCCAUGAUCAUGGACAUGGUGUCGACGUAGUACCCAGUCUGCAUGCUGCAUGGUUAGCUGCGGGCACAGUUGCCGUUAAGGAGUGGUUGUACCAUGCAACUAUGAAAGUUGCCCGCGAACGAAAGUCAUCGGUCUUAGCCUCGAACGCUGUCCACCAUCGAGUCGAUAGUCUCACUGGUAUUGUUACGUUGGCCGUGGUCUUAGGAGCAAACUUCAUGCAAAAUGCAGCGUGGCUAGACCCCGUUGGAGGUCUUCUAAUAUCCCUGAUGGUUGUGAAGGCAGGAGCGGAAAAUACCAAGGAAGCAAUUCUUGAAUUGACUGAUAAGUCUAUCGAUGGUGAAGUGCAAGCUUCAGUCCGGAAACAUGCCCAGAGGGUCUUCUCGGAUAUUCCUGAGGGGCAUGAAAUAGAGCUCCGUGGUGUCUCAGGCGUCAAGUCUGGUCAGAAUUACCUAGUCGAUUUGGAGGUAGCUGUGCCGGGAGAUUGGACGGUAGAAGCUAUCCACGAGACUGAAGACCGAAUUAGAACCGCGGUCGGCAGCAAGGUCCGAGGUGUUCGCAGGGUCCGUGUUCGUUUCCUACCUAAAGACAUUGUCCCUCCCAAGUUUGACGAAUUCAUUCCUGGUGAUGUGAGCCCUCGAUCGAGCCCGGAGCCCGAGGACGACGAUAAUCAUAACCACACCCAUGACCAUAACGGCAAUGGAGGCCGCAAGUCGAAGUAA